AUGGCCCAGAUUGCGUCUCUACCGAUGUCAUCGCUGUCGUCCCUGCCGUCGCUGCCGUCGCUGCCGUCGCUCGCUUCCUUGCCUGCGCUGCCGUCCCUGGCAGAACUCGGCCUGGCAUGGCGGUCGUCGGACCUGACGUGCUCCAAGGGGACGUCGCCAAAGACAAAGACAGUAAAGACGGCAAGGACAGCACAGACAGCAAAACCACCAAAAACGCCAAAGACAGAGACGGCUCCCACAUCGGCCCCAUCGCCCCCAUUGGCACCGACAACCACCACAAAACGAACGACCCCGUCACCACCACAGUCGCCGUCGGCUCGGGGCCGGUCGCCAGCACGGAAACGGCGGGCUCUUUCGCCCGACGGGGCCGAUGCCGAUGAGGCGCUACGGAGGGAGGAUAUGCAGGCCAAGUCAGCAGAUGGGGUCGACGACGGCUACGCCAAGGACGAGCACGACGUUGCUGACCCAGGGGAUACGUCCGACGCGGAAGGAGACGAAGCCACGGAGGACAGGGACAUUGUCGACCACAUCGACCGCACCGACCGCACCGGCUGGCAGCUCGGACAGGGCCCGGGCCUGUCGCUGCCCAUCCGCCGCCUGCUUCCGCCGCCGCCGCCCACUGCAUCCUACCGCGGCAGUCUCCCGCUGCCACUGCCACUGCCACUGGCCCUGCCACUGCCGCUGCCGCGGCCGAGACCGACGACGCAGCCAGGGGCGCCCGUGCCGACGCUCGAGCAGCAUGCACCCGCGCUGCCGGGGCUGACGUGGCCGCCGGGGCCGCCGGCGACGCCAAAGCGGAAGAGGGAGGAGGGGGAGGGGGAGCAAACGGAGGCAAACGGGGCCAAGGCGGGCAACGAGGCGACAACGUCGCCGCCCGUCUACGUCCUGUACAAGUUCGACCGGGUGGACCAGCUGGGCGGCCAACGACGCGGCCAGCGCGGGCCGCGGUCGCCGGGCACGCCCACCGUCGCCAGCCACCAGCGCGUCGCCGACAAGGCGGUGGUCUGA